AGGCAUGCGGUGUCUCUUUGUUUUCACCCAGCACACGUUUCUGAUUACAUCUGUGCAACUUUAGUUUACUUUUCUCCAUGUACAGCAGCAGUCCCCACCCUCAUUCACAUGUCCACGCCUUUUCUCACAGGCUUCCUGUAGAUUAGUGCACUCGCCUGUUUGCAUGGCAUAUUUGAGACAGAAGCAGAGUGGAAGAGCAGACAGACAGACUUUUGGGAGUGGGUGGAGACAGUGGGAGAUGCACAGGUGUGGGCACAGAUUGGAAAGAGGCAGUUGUUUCAGCAUAAACAGAAGGGAAACCUGAUGUGGAGCGUUGCUGGCUCAAAGCUAUUGAGGGACAGGUUGGACUGGUUUCUCCCAUCACAAUACCUGAGCUUCCCCCGCGAUCACUCACUCACACUGGCCGAGAGAGAAGAAGAAGUCAACCAGAUAGAGUAGGAAAAGGGUUGUCUGUACAUUUCAACAUUUGGCCCCAAAAAGGAAUCUCAACAUGCCAGAGGAUGGAGAAUUUUAUGGAAAGCAUGGCGAGCCAAGGAAGUAUGAUCCGACCUUUAAGGGCCCCAUCCAGAACAGGGGCUGCACAGACAUCGUGUGCUGCAUCCUCUUCAUUAUUGCCAUUCUGGCUUAUAUUGCAGUGGGAAUACUCGCCUGGUCCCAAGGCGACCCCAGGAAGGUGAUCUAUCCCACAGACAGCAGAGGGCAGUUCUGUGGGCAGGCUGGCACACCACUUGAGAACAAGCGAAUGUUGUUCUACUUCAACAUCAUGAAGUGUGCCAGCCCCAUGGUGCUGCUGGAGUUCCAGUGCCCAACCACACAGAUGUGUGUGGAGAAGUGCCCUGAAAAGUUCAUGACGUUACUGAAAGCCUACACCAGCAGAACUGACUUUGACUACUACAAGCAGUUCUGCAAAGAAGGUGUGACAAGUUCAAUGGGUGUACCAGAAAUUCUCAAGUUGGGUCUCUGUCCUGCCAUGCUGACUCCCAGCAAACCAUUCACUCGUAGGUGUUUCCCAGCUUUGGGCCAGACUGGAGGGGUGAUAACUGUUGGUAACAACUCUCACUUUGAUGACGGAAGCGGAAACAUGAGAGAUGCUAAGGAUCUUGUGGAUGGAGUCAAGAAUGCCACUGUGGUUAUUGAGGCUCGUCAGGUGGCCAUGAAAAUCUUUGAGGAUUACACACAAUCCUGGUACUGGAUCCUGAUUGGGUUGGUUAUUGCUAUGCUCACCAGCCUACUCUUCAUCGUCCUUCUGCGCUUCCUGGCUGGGAUCAUGGUCUGGAUCAUGAUUGCCUUGGUGAUCCUGGUCAUAGCAUACGGUAUCUUCCACUGCUACAUGGAGUAUGCUGCCCUGAAAGGAGAACCAGGCUCUGAUGUGACUCUGCAGCAACUGGGCUUCCAGACAGACUUCACAGUCUACCUGCAGAUCAGACAAACUUGGCUGGCCUUCAUGAUUAUCCUGGCCAUUAUGGAGGUCAUCAUCAUCCUGCUCCUCAUCUUCCUCAGGAAGAGGAUCUGCAUUGCCGUCGCUCUCAUCAAAGAGGCGAGCAGAGCCAUCGGCCAUGUGAUGUCUUCCCUUUUCUACCCACUGUUCACUUUCCUGCUCCUGGCCAUGGUCAUCGCCUACUGGGCCGUUACUGCUGUCUUCCUGUCUACCUCUAAUGAACCUAUCUACAAAGUCUUCAAUGAGACAGCCUGCGACCACUCAAGAGCCACGUGUGACCCAGCUAACUACACGACCAGUCUAAUGAAAAAGGAGUGUCCUCAGUCCGAGUGCCUUUUUGCCUUCUAUGGUGGAGAGACGGUUUACCACAAAUACCUGAUCGGCUUGCAGUUCUACAACGUCUUCCUUUUCUUCUGGUGUGCCAACUUUGUCACGGCUCUGGGACAGAUGACCCUGGCCGGGGCCUUUGCCUCAUACUAUUGGGCCUUUGUCAAGCCGGACGACAUGCCUGCCUUCCCAGUGUUUUCUUCCCUCGGGAGAUCUCUCAGGUAUCACACAGGAAGUCUGGCCUUCGGCUCCCUUAUCCUCUCAAUCAUUCAGAUCAUCAGGGUUCUGCUGGAGUAUCUUGACCACAAGCUGAAAGGAGCUGAAAAUAAGUGCACCAAGUUCCUGUUGUGCUGUCUGAAGUGCUGCUUCUGGUGUCUGGAGAAAUGCAUCAAGUUCCUAAACAGAAACGCUUACAUCAUGGUGGCGAUUUAUGGCAAAAACUUUUGCACCUCUGCCAGAGAUGCCUUCUUCCUCCUCAUGAGGAACCUGAUCAGGGUGGCCGUCUUGGACAAAGUGACAGAUUUCCUCUUGUUUUUGGGCAAACUGCUCAUCGUUGGGCUCGUGGGGAUCUUUGCCUUCUUCUUCUUCUCUGGGAGAGUGAAGGCCUUUGAGAAUACAGCACCCAAUCUCCACUACUACUGGGUGCCCAUCCUGACUGUGGUGGUUGGCUCUUACCUCAUUGCCCAUGGAUUCUUCAGUGUGUACGCCAUGUGUGUAGACACGCUGUUCCUCUGCUUCUGUGAAGACCUGGAGCGCAAUGACGGUUCAGCCGAAAGGCCUUAUUACAUGUCCUCGACUCUUCAUGAGAUUCUGUGGGAGAACAAGGCUGAGGAUCCAUCACCUUCUGCUCAGCAACAGGACGAUGGAGUCAUCAAGUCAAAACCAGAGCAGGCUCAUAACGAGUCCACAGCUUAGAGGAGUUUUUGGGGCAAAGACGUCCACUGAUAAAAUCCAUGUGCACUUUUUUUAAACUGUUACAGUUAAAGACUCGUAAACUGUGACAGGAAGGAGCUGCUUCUUUGUUGUUGCCCAUUGGGAAAUGGGCAACAACACAUAACCCGCUCAUGUCACAGAGGCGGGGUGUAGCACAGCUACAGGACACCAUGCCUUAAAGUAGCAGGGAUUCCUUUACUCACAGCUCAGUGGAGCUUUUUCUCAUCUGUACUUCAACACAAGGAAACAUGGGAAGAAUAUGUGUAUUAAGUAUUUGUUUUCUUAAUUGGCCAUUGGUUAAUUGGUUAGCAAAUGGUCAAUCAAGCAAGGAAUGAACACAUUAAAAUGUGCACAGGUAUAUUCAUGGGUAAUUUGUUGCAUGGUUAGACUGAACUGGUCGUCUCUCAUUGGAGGUGAUACGACUGAAUAAGUAGAACGUUUCUCUCGGUAACAGCCAGGUCUUUCUUCACUUUAAAUGACACGGUGCUUGAAAUGUCUGGAGUUGGUUCAUGGUAGUCUUGUUGGGAAAUAUUAAUGUCUGGAAACUGACAUUUCUAAACUCAGUUUUAGCCUUUCAAUAGUUCCUCCCACUGCCACUGGCCAACAGAAACUUGAAGCCGUUGAUGUGCCUAAUUUACAGCGUUAACGUUGGACUGUUUGCACCUUUUGAGCUAAAUUUGACAGUUACCUAAUAGUUUACAGUUCAUGCACUCAGAAUCAUCAGCUCUACUUCUUUAGUAGGCUGCACUAUGUUGCACACUGACUUCUGUUCGCACAGGUUUUGAUCUGUAUAAUAAAUACUGGUGAUUUCCUGAGGCUAGCUGCUUUGUAGUCUGUUUUUACUCUAAAUAAAUGUAGUUUUUCAUUCAGUAGCUCUUUACAAAGAAUGUGUAUGUGGCAGUAUUUGAGGCAACAAGUCUCCACUGCAAAAUGAAGGAAUUAAACUCUUGAAAUGGAUUCAUAUUGUUGGUGACUGGCUGAACUAUUGAUUAAAGCUUUUUACAUUUGUUGAA